AUGCCCACCGUUACAUACAAGCAGAAGCUGAUUACAAGGUCUGAAAGCGCACAUAUUCCGAGUGCGAUGCCUAUGGCAUCCACCGGAUACGGAGCCGCGCCUGCCACUUCCAUCGCUGCUGCCCCUGUCGCUGCUGCCCCUGUCGCUGCCCCCGCUGCCCCUCGCACCGUAUUCAGGCUUCCGAAUGGUGUGAAAUACACUAACAAGAAUAAGGGAGACACUACUGCCCCUGCUGUUCGUGAAGGUGACGAUGUCGAAAUCUACUUCAUCAUUUCACUCUCUGGUGGUACGGGCGUGACAUGGUACGACGUGCAAUCGCUCGGACCCCUAACGGGAUCCAGGUCAACCACGUUCAAGUUCACCGUAGGCGAUCCAAUGAUCAUUGAGGGCCUCAACACCGGGAUUAUUGGCAUGCACUGCCUAGGCGAACGUCACAUGGAGAUCCCUCCCACUUUAGGCUUCCUGAAAACAAUUCCCGACAACAGGCUUGUUUAUGGUGCCAAGGGCAGAGGGGCUAUACCCCUUGAAUCAAAGAUCCUUAUGAGGGUCAAAUUAUGUCACGUUGUCCCUCAUACAGCUUAG